CCGGCCGUAUAAAGGCGCCACUGGCCUCGCCCCUGGGACUCGGACCCAUGGAGACGCCGCCGGCCGCCCUGGGUACACGGCGGGGAGCUGUGACUGGUGCCUUCCACCAGUCUGAUCUGUGAGUGGCUGGCGGAGAGGCCCACCCAGAAGCCAGCCCCCACCAUGAGUCUGUGGGAACCUGAAGACAGCCACAGCUGCCAAGUUACCCCCAGGUCAGCCCAGGAGCCCCCCGCGGAGGAGGCCUCUGCUGCCGAGCUGCAGAUGAAGGUGGACUUCUUCCGGAAGCUGGGCUACUCCCCCGCUGAGAUCCACAGCGUCCUGCAGAAGCUGGGGGUCCACGCAGACACCAACACCGUGCUGGGCGAGCUGGUGAAGCAUGGGUCCGCCGCCGAGCGGGAGCGCCAGGCCUCGCCGGACCCCUGUCCUCAGCUUCCUCUGGUCCCCCGGGGUGGGGGCACCCCCAAGGCUUCCACCCUGGAGCCCUCCUCCCUGGAGGAGGACAAGGAGGGCAGUGACCUGAGGCCCGUGGUCAUCGACGGGAGCAAUGUGGCCAUGAGCCACGGGAACAAGGAGGUCUUCUCCUGCCGGGGCAUCCUGCUGGCCGUGAACUGGUUUCUGGAGCGGGGCCACACCGACAUCACAGUGUUCGUGCCAUCCUGGAGAAAGGAGCAGCCCCGGCCCGAUGUGCCCAUCACCGACCAGCACAUCCUGCGGGAACUGGAGAAGAAGAAGAUCCUGGUGUUCACACCGUCGCGGCGCGUGGGUGGCAAGCGAGUGGUGUGCUACGAUGACCGCUUCAUCGUGAAGCUGGCCUUCGAGUCUGACGGGGUGGUGGUUUCCAACGACACGUACCGGGACCUCCAGAGCGAGCGGCAGGAGUGGAAGCGCUUCAUCGAGGAGCGGCUGCUCAUGUAUUCCUUCGUCAAUGACAAGUUCAUGCCCCCCGAUGACCCCUUGGGCCGUCACGGGCCAAGCCUGGACAACUUCCUGCGUAAGAAGCCACUCACAGCCGAUCACAGGAAGCAGCAAUGCCCCUAUGGAAGAAAAUGCACCUACGGGAUCAAGUGCCGGUUCUUCCAUCCGGAGCGGCCGAGCCGUCCCCAGCGCUCCGUGGCAGAUGAGCUCCGUGCCAACGCCCUGCUCUCGCCCCCUAGGGCUCCCAGCAAGGACAAAAGUGGCCGGCGACCUUCUUCUCCAUCUCAGCCUGGCUCUCUGCCCCCAGAGCGUAAGCAGUGUAGCCUGGAAGGGAAGAAACUGGGAGCCCAGGCACCCCCAGGGUCCCACCGAGAGGGUCUGACCCAGACCUUUGUCCCAGUGACCACAGGCAGGAGCCUCCCACCCAGUGGGGGCAGUGGCAGCAGCUUUGGGCCCACGGACUGGUUCCCACAGACCCUGGAUUCCCUCCCGUACACCUCUCAGGACUGCCUGGACUCGGGCAUCGGCUCCCUGGAGAGCCAGAUGUCAGAACUGUGGGGGGGUCGAGGAGGGAGCCCUUAUGCUGGCUACAACCCCUAUGGGGCUGAGCUCCCAGCCACCCCGGCCUUCUCUCCAGCCUUCGGGCGGGCUGUGGGUGCUGGCCACUUCAGCGUCCCUGCCGACUACGCACCUCCACCAGCUGCCUUUCCACCUCGAGAGUACUGGUCUGAGCCAUACCAGCUGCCCCAACCCACCCCAGUCCUGCAGGAGCCCCAGGGGCCCAGCCCAGGGGCUGACAGGGGCACAUGGGGUGGGGCAGGCGGCCUGGCCAAGGAGCGAGCCAGUGUGUACACCAAGCUGUGUGGCGUCUUCCCCCCACGCCUGGUGGAGGCCGUGAUGGGGCGCUUCCCACAGCUCCUGGACCCCCAGCAGCUGGCUGCCGAGAUCCUCUCCUACAAGUCCCAGCAUCUCAGUGACUAGGAAACCUCCCAGGGCGGUCCGGCUGGACUGCGGGCCGUCGAGCAGCCCGUUCUCAGCCCCACGGCCCCCCCUGGAGGCUGGAAAGAGGGAGGAUUAAAGUAGGGAAGGCAACCCACAAACCAAAGAUACUGUAGGAUUGGUUCUGACCCACUCGGCACCUCUCGCCGUCUGCCUGAGUGGGUCAGAAGUGAUCACCCUGUUGAUGCACAUUGUAUCUCUUGUAGUUUAAGGAGACGCUGCCGGUAACGGCCGUCGGUCCGUGGCUAAAGCCCAAACCCUCCUUUCUCUCAGGGCGGGGAGGGAGGCCGGGGGAGCAGAGGCCUGGGCUGGGGGCCCUGUGCACGGCCCCCCGCCUCCACCCCGUCCCUGGGGUGCCAGUCUUGGCUGGCUAGUUGGGCACCGUGUGCCUGCCCUCCAAGGGCCCCUCCUCUAAGCCAAUGAGGCCUCAUCCGUGCUCUCUCGGGCAUGAGGCUUCAUGUUAGUAAGCAAGAUGCUUCUUAAUAACCCACCUUCUGUCCACUCAGUGCGCCUAUCCCAUCACCCCCGCCAGGGGCCAAGAGCCCUCUGCCCUGACCCUCUCCCCCUCCCCCUUCCUCUGCACUUGGAGUCAUCUCACCCUUCCCCGCAGUCGGGGGGAGACAUAUGUAAUGUUAAUGUUUUAAGUGAAAAGUCCUUGCCUCCCUAACACAUCAAUAAAGUACAAUGUGAGCCCUU